UACAGACCGCGGUGCUUUUGCGGAGAAGCUCCCGUGUGCUCGUCGUUGUCGGCACCGAAAAAAAAAAAAAAAAGCACCAUGUCCCGAGUGUACGUGGGCAGACUGAGCUACAGGGCCCGGGAGAAGGACGUGGAGAGGUUUUUCAAAGGUUAUGGGAAGAUUCUAGAGGUUGAUUUGAAAAAUGGGUACGGUUUCGUGGAGUUUGACGACCCCCGGGAUGCAGAUGAUGCGGUGUACGACCUGAAUGGGAAGGAGCUGUGUGGGGAGCGUGUGAUAGUGGAGCACACCAAAGGCCCCCGUCGUGAUGGAGGGGGCGGCGGCGGCGGCGGAGGAGGAGGAGGGGGGUACGGGGGUGGAGGAGGAGGUGGAGGCGGAGGAGGCGGACGCAGUGGAUAUGGCCGUUGGGGCAGAGACAGGUACGGACCUCCGAUCAGGACCGACUAUCGACUCAUUGUAGAGAAUCUGUCCAGCCGCUGCAGCUGGCAGGACCUCAAGGACUACAUGCGUCAGGCCGGAGAGGUGACCUACGCAGACACCCAUAAAGGCCGUAAGAACGAGGGCGUGAUCGAGUUCAGGCUGUACGCUGACAUGAAGCGUGCGCUGGAGAAACUGGACGGUACUGAAGUGAACGGGCGAAAAAUACGCCUCAUCGAAGACCGCCCCGGGGCCAGGCGCCGCCGCUCGUAUUCGCGCAGCCGCAGCAGAUCCAGGUCUCGUUCCAGGAGCCGCAGAUCUCGCAAAAGCAGAAGCCGCAGCGCGAGCAGCAGCCGCAGUCGCUCACGAUCCAGGGCGGCUUCUCGCUCACGAAGCCGUUCCCGUAGCAACAAAAAGGCUAAGGCUAAAGGUAAGAAAGAGGAAGAGGAGCGCGGUCAGAAGAACAAGGAGCAGAGCCGAAGCCGAAGCCGAAGCCCCAAACCAAAGAAGAGCAAAAAGGAGACCAAGAAGAGCAAGAAGGAUGCCUCUAGGUCCAGAUCCCGGUCCAGAUCCAGGUCUAAGUCCAAGUCUGGGCCCAAAGACCGCUCCAGAAAGUCCGGAUCCAAGGGUCGGGACGGAGAUGGGGGCGAUGGAGACCGGAUGUCCCGCUCAAGAUCACACUCUCCAAUCGAGUCUAGAGCAAGGUCCAAAUCUCGCUCGAAAUCUCGUUCAAAAUCGCGCUCAAAAUCUCGUUCCAAGUCUCAUUCGAAAUCUCGCUCCAAGUCUCGCUCUCCCUCUCCUGCUAAUGGCAACAAGCGCUCGGUCUCUCGGUCUCCCUCCCGCUCAGUGUCCCGAUCCAAGUCCAGGUCCGUUUCCAGGUCUCGUUCUCGUUCUUAGACCAGAUUUUGGACCCGUUUGCCCCCCACAUCUCUGUACACCACCCAACCCAACCCCCACCUCUUGUUUUUUGAUAAAUUGUCAUAGAAAAUUCAAUGUCUUUUAUGUACCUGUCAUCACACAACUACACUGACUGUAUUUUUACAUUGUCAGUUCUCCUUCAUAGUGUUUGUAUAGACAGUGAUCUGUUUUUUAAGUUAAAAUAUUGUGUUUUAGCCUUUUUUAUGCCACAUUGAAGUGUUUCAUUGAUCAAAUCGAUGGGAACAGGUUCAAAUUUUCCCAUUUCUGUGAAAGUCCUUGUAACAUUUAGUUUCAUAUUAAAAUGCCUGUUGAGGA